AUGGCUUCUACAGGGAGCCAGGCCUCUGAUAUAGACAAGCUAAUUGGAUUCCUCAGCGAUGAUGCACCCCCCACCAAAAAACCCAGGAAGCUGCUUCCAAGCUUAAAGACGAAGAAGCCUCGAGAACUCGUGCUCGUGAUAGGGACAGGUAUCAGUGCUGCAGUUGCCCCUCAGGUUCCAGCCCUGAAAUCCUGGAAGGGCUUAAUCCAGGCCCUACUUGAUGCUGCCAUUGAUUUUGAUCUGCUAGAAGAUGAGGAGAGCAAAAAGUUUCAGAAGUGUCUCCAUGAAGACAAGAACCUUGUCCAUGUUGCCCAUGACCUCAUCCAGAAACUCUCUCCUAGAACCAGUAAUGUUCGAUCCACAUUUUUCAAGGACUGUUUAUAUGAAGUAUUUGAUGACUUGGAAUCAAAGAUGGAGGAAUCUGGAAAACAGCUACUUCAGUCAGUUCUUCAUCUGAUGGAAAAUGGAGCCCUAGUAUUGACUACAAAUUUUGAUAAUCUCCUGGAACUCUACGCAGCAGAUCAGGGAAAACAACUUGAAUCCCUGGAUCUUACAGAUGAGAAAAAGGUCCUUGAGUGGGCUCAGGAGAAGCGGAAACUGAGCGUGUUGCACAUCCAUGGUGUGUAUACGAACCCCAGUGGCAUUGUCCUACAUCCAGCUGGGUAUCAGAAUGUGCUUAGGAACACAGAAGUUAUGAGAGAAAUUCAGAAACUCUAUGAAAACAAGUCAUUUCUCUUCCUGGGUUGUGGCUGGACUGUGGACGACACCACUUUCCAAGCCCUUUUCCUGGAGGCUGUCAAGCAUAAGUCUGACCUAGAACAUUUCAUGCUGGUUCGGAGAGGAGAUGUAGAUGAGUUCAAGAAGCUGCGAGAAAACAUGCUGGACAAAGGGAUUAAGGUCAUCUCUUAUGGAAAUGAAUAUGCCGAUCUUCCCGAAUAUUUCAAGCGACUGACAUUUGAGAUCUCUACAAGGGGUAGAUCAGCAGGGAUGGCAAAGGAAGGUCAGCUAAAUGGCUCAUCUGCAGCACACAGUGAAUUAAGAGGCAAUAUUAGCAUAUGA